AUUCUCGGCUAAAUGUUGAACUUAUCGCCGAUCACGUUUUGGCCGGCGAAUUGGUUUCAACGGUGGCCGGAGGAGAAGUCAAUCUAGGAGAUUUCUUGUUAGAGAGUAUAAAAGGAAAUUAUGGUGUAAUCUAAUCCCAUCCAAUCCCGUGCAAAACAAACAUGAGAGGGUAAUUUAACAAUCUCACUAUUAAUCCUAUCUCAUUAUGAAUCUCAUCCAAUCUAUCACAAUUAUCAAACGAGACUUUAAUUUAAAGCCUAACAAGAUAUUCAAAAAAAGAAGAUUCAACCCUAUAAAUAGUCUACUUGUGAUAGAUCAUCGCAGAACUAGUAACAAGAUAUUCAAACAAAACAGAGAGAGAGAGAGAGAGAGAGAGAGAGAGAGAGAGAGAGAGAGAGAGAGAGAGAAUGGAGAGAGAAUGUCAUCCAUUAUUGAGGGGAGGAAGGAGAGAACAUAAGUACGGCCAUGAGUUCUCUGCUGCUGAAAUGGAGUCAUUGACUAGUGUCUGUGAGGCUAUACUACCACCCCUGCCAUUGAAUUCUCUAGAAGUCACUGGAAAGGAUGGCCAAACCAACAAGGCAAUUCAAUUGUUCCACAUAGCUUCUGGUUCUCAAAAUUCAGUUCCUGAAGAGGUUGCUGAACAUAUAGCUAAGAGGACAUCCUUUGAAGCUGUGAUCUUGGUUAGAAUGGUCAUGACCAUCAUAUCAACCAGGCCGGGGACACUUCUGCUCUGUGGCUCUCUCUGUUUUGGUGAUAGAUGGCCAUUCAUUAACAAAUUCUCACAAAUCUCCCUGGAGAAGAGAGAGAGGGUUAUCCAGAGAUGGUUCAGGCAUUAUUGGCUUUUCACACUCAUCAGACUUGUAUUUGUACUUAUCAAAAUCUUAUGUCUCUAUGUCUUCUUCUCCCAGGUUAAUGGAAAUGCCGAGAAUCCCACGUGGGAAGCCUUGGGGUACCAAGCUGCAGGCACUGGCGAAAGCCUGCCCCAAUCAGACCAAAAGAAGAGUCGACCACUUCAAAACGGAGUAGUCGAAACCACACACGAGACAACCCUCCUCCAGAACCUCAAACAGAAAGGCCUCAAGGUGACUGCCCACCCUGAACAGAACACGUACAAGAUCGAAUGCGAUGUCGUGAUAGUGGGCUCCGGUUGCGGCGGAGGCGUCGCAGCCGGCGUCCUCGCCAGUUCGGGGCAUAAGGUGGUCGUCGUUGAGAAAGGCAACUAUUUUCACGGCACGGAUUAUUCCCUGCUGGAAGGGCCGUCCUUGAGCGAGCUGUAUGAACAAGGCGGGCCGUUCCCAACCCUCAACGGGGAAAUGAUGCUCAUGGCAGGAUCGACGGUGGGUGGCGGCUCGGCGGUGAACUGGUCGGCGUGCAUCAAGCCCCCAAAGUCCGUGCUCCGGGAAUGGGCAGAGGAGAAAAAAAUCCUGCUCUUCUCAACCCCUCGGUAUCUCUCUGCCAUGGAAGCGGUGUGCGAAAGAAUUGGUGUCACGGAGAGAUGCGAACGCGAGGGGUUUCAGAAUCAAAUCCUCCGCAAAGGGUGCGAAAAACUCGGCCUGGAUGUCGAGGCUGUGGCACGGAAUGCGACGGAGAGCCAUUACUGCGGCUCCUGCGGUUACGGAUGCAGAACAGGAAACAAAAAGGGCACCGAUUCGACUUGGCUGGUGGAUGCUGUAGAACAUGGUGCGGUGAUCAUAACAGGAUGCAAAGCCGAGAGACUCGUACUGGAAGGGAACAAGCACGGUGGAGGUAGAAGAAAGACAUGCUUGGCAGUGAUAGCGAAGAGUCUGAAUAAGAGCAUCACAAAGACGCUGCGUAUCGAGGCUAAAGUAACAGUCUCGGCAUGCGGUUCGUUAUUGACACCUCCCCUAUUGAUUUCAAGCGGGUUGAGAAACAAGCACAUCGGCCGGAACCUUCACCUCCACCCUGUUCUAAUGGCAUGGGGAUACUUCCCCGAGUCGAAUCCAGAGCUCGAAGGGAAACCCUACGAGGGCGGGAUAAUCACCUCGGUGCAUUCUGUGCGGUCCGAGGGAUUCAAUGGAAGAGCGAUCAUCGAAUCUCCUGCAUUGGGGCCUGGACUAUUUGCUGCAUUGUGUCCUUGGGAGUCUGGACUAGACAUAAAGAACAGGAUGCUUAAGUAUGAUAGAACUGCUCAUUUAUUUUCUUUGAUCAGGGACCAAGGCUCUGGAGAGAUAAAGCAUGAAGGAAGGAUAAGCUAUAAGUUUGAUAGAUUGGACAGAGAGACUAUGAAAGCUGGGUUGCGGCAGGCGUUGAGGAUUUUGGUGGCGGCAGGAGCCGUUGAGGUGGGAACGCAACAGAGCGAUGGACAGAGAAUCAAAUGCGAAGGGAUCACCGAAGGCGAAAUGGAAGAGUUUCUGGACAAAGUUUAUGCAGCUGAGGGACCCAAGUCGAUGGUGGAGAAUUGGAACACGUACAUCUCCGCGCAUCAAAUGGGGAGUUGCCGGAUGGGGGUCAGCGAAAAGGAAGGCGCGGUUGAUGAGAACGGGGAGAGUUGGGAAGCGGAAGGCCUGUUCGUUUGCGAUGCCAGUGUGCUACCCAGCGCGGUCGGCGUCAAUCCCAUGAUCACCAUCCAAUCGACUGCUUAUUGCAUUUCGAAGAAGAUAGCUGAAUCUUUGGCAAAAGGAGUGUAAGCUGGACACAACCGCAUUGCUCUACUCUUAUAUGCAAAUGCACUCACCAUUGGGGUUGUAUUUUAGAAUAAAUAAAUUUGUAUUGUCUUGAAUAAUGUAUAAAUAACUAAGGGGCAUGGCUCCCAUGUAUGGCUUUUAUUAUUAUUAUGCGAUGUGUAAGCCUUGUAUAAGGCACACUUGCACGUCUGUUAUGUUAUGAAUCAGAUCAUAAGAAAACAAACCAGAGGAAAAAGUCUUUCCCCUCCC